AUGAUGUCGGGGGCAGGCGGGCGGGCGGGUUUGGCUGCUGUCGCUCUCCUGUGCAAUAUCGCGUUGGGUGUCGACGUCAGCCUGCCCAGUCAGGCCUUUGCCAGACAAGGUGACCCCGUUUCACCACGGGCUGCUCAGGCUGCUCAGCUGGCACUCACUGCUGCUGCAAGAAAUCUGUCAUCUCAAUCUCGAAUACCUUCUUUUCCCAACACAACACGGGCCAAGGGCCAGGCCUCGCUCGCGCCAUGCGCCAUGCCAUGCCAUGCCAGACUGGGCUGGGCUGGGCUGGAUAACGAAUGGGCUGGUAUGGUUACAGGACAUUUAUGGCAGCACGGCAUUAGCCAUUCAGCCGAAAAUCUUAAGGCCAUGGGCUGUGGUCAUAUAGCUGCUACCAUCGUCCGGUCCAUCUGUUACCUCGCUUUGAGCGAUCCCCCAGGCUCUGCCCAGGUUUUUCUCGAACACAACAGGGUGGGGGAGGAGUACCUUAGGAGGAGGAGCCUGGAGUGGGAGGGUAAGAUGCAUGUGGCUCAGCAGCAGCAACAGCAGCAGCAACAGCAGCACCAAGCAGCACCAAGCAGCAACGACAGCAUCUCGCGACAAGACAACAGCUACCUAGUGCAUGAGCUGCUGCUUGUGCCUCUGCUUCUGCUGCUACUGCUGCUACUGCUGCUGCUGCGGCUUUUCUCUCUCGAGUCGGCGAGCCUUAAACCAUGCAUCGGGUCCUUUUUCCACCAUCUCCUUCUCCACUGCUACGGUACCUCAGUACCCUCCUCCACCCCCGUCGUUGUCCUCGUCCUUCUCGACACCACCAGUCAGGUACCGGGUACCCUCGAACCCUCGUUGAAGCAGCCGUUAUUCCUCCCCCAUCGUGCCGUGCUGGCCCUGGCUCCCAAGUCCUCCUGUCCGGAUCCAGCCUCGACAUUUCUCCGUGUGGAUGGCCGUACCCUCCGGUAUUAA